AUGGCUCGACGAUCCUCUCAGCCCGCUCCCGCAGAGGCGGCACCCAAGCGACGCGCCUCUACGAGGCUGUCAGCCUCGCACGGCGAGGUCAAGCGAGUCAAAUCCAAUGCCACAUUGUCUGGGAAGAGUACGAGCAAGAAAAGCAAGUACUUUGAAGCAGACAGCUCCGACGAGCCGUCCAGCGACUCGGAAGAUGGUGAUUCCGGAUCCGCUUACGAAGGAAACGAGUCGGAAGCAUCCCCAGACCCUGAAUCAGAGGAGCUGCAAGACAGCGAGGAAGAAGUCCGAGCUAAAGGAGGGCAACGACGGAAGGGCGGUUCGGGCGCGAAGGCAGAUCCAGGAAAGGAAUUGUGGCGUGAAGCCGAAACCACGAGACGCCGGGGCGUAAAGUAUCAGGAUGAGACGCUCCACCCCAACACGAAGCUUUUCCUGUUGGAUCUGGCCAAGAACAAUGACCGACAAUGGUUCAAAGCGCACGAUCCCGACUUCCGCGCGGCAAAGAAGGACUUUGAGACGUUCGUCGAAACCCUGACGUCGAAGAUUGCCGAGAAAGAUGCCACGAUCCCCGAGCUGCCAACUAAGGACUUGAUUUUUCGUAUUUAUCGCGAUAUUCGGUUCAGCAAGAACCCCUUGCCAUACAAGAUCCAUUUCUCAGCUGCAUGGUCACGCACGGGCAAGAAGGGCCCUUAUGCAGCCUACUAUGUGCAUUUCCAGCCCGGCUCGAGUUUUGUCGGCUGCGGUCUCUGGAACCCAGAGGCUGACGCGUUGGCAACGCUUCGAGAGGACAUCGACGAGAACGCGCAAGGCUGGAAGGAGAUUCUGCGGGCACCCGACAUGCGUCGAGAGUUCCUGAACAAUGCACCUGACGAUGAUGACGCAGUGGUGAGGGCCUUUGCCCAUCACAACAAGGAAUCGGCCCUGAAGACCAAACCUAAGGGCUACGAGGCUGACAAUGCAAACAUCGAGCUGCUGCGGCUGCGCAGUUUUACCAUCGGACGACCCAUCACAGACGCGGAAAUCAUGGCAGCGGAUGCGCAGGACCGGAUCGUCUCGUUGAUUGGAAUCAUGGAGCCCUUCGUGACGCAUCUCAAUAGCGUGGUAAUGCCCGAUCCAUAA